CUCGCUCUUUUUUCUGUUUGUUUCUCUGGAAAGAAGAAAAUAGAAAAUCACAUUCAAACCCAAACCUAAACCCCAAGAAAAUUCAAGAACAACGAAAAACCGAUUGAUUUUGAUUACUCUUUAGCUUUACUCCAUGGCUACUUCGAAACCCCAACGAACUCCAGAGGAAGUGGAGGACAUUAUCAUCAGGAAAAUCUUCCUCGUUUCGAUCACCGAAACCAACAGCGAUUCAAGAAUCGUGUACUUGGAGUUAACCGCGGCUGAGAUUCUCAGCGAGGGGAAGGACCUUCGUCUCUCGCGUGAUUCUAUGGAGAGAGUACUCAUCGAUCGAAUCUCCGGCGAUUUCGCUGCCGCUGCCAGCGAAUCCACCUUUCAGUACCUCGUAGGUUGUUACCAGCGCGCGCACGAUGAGGGGAAGAAAAUCGCGAACAUGAAGGACAAGGAUUUGAGGUCGGAGAUGGAAGCUGUGGUGAGGCAAGCGAAGAAGCUUUGCGUCUCGUACUGCAGGAUACAUUUGGCGAAUCCGGAACUCUUUUCGAGCCCGAGUUCUGGUUCCGGCGGAGGCAGUUCGUCGCUUUUGCCGCUGAUAUUCGCGGAGGUAGGUGGUGGAGGCGUGUUUGGCGGCGGAGGAGGUGGCGGAGGAGUGAAGAGUCCGCCGGGGUUUCUUGAGGAGUUGUUUUGGGAUUCUGACGUUGAUAGCUUGGUCCCUAUUUUUAAAGGGCUGUAUGAGAAGUUGAGAGAGAGUGUGAUGAAUGUCUCUGCUCUUGGGAAUUUCCAAGACUCUCUGAGGGCUUUGUUGUUUUUGGUUAGGUUUCCCAUUGGUGCAAAGUCCUUUGUGAGUCAUGAAUGGUGGAUUCCAAAAGCCGUUUACAUGAAUGGGCGUGCCAUUGAAAUGGCCAGCAUUUUGGGUCCCUUUUUUCACAUCAGUGCCCUUCCUGACCAAACAUUUUUCAAGAGCCAGCCUGACGUUGGACAGCAGUGCUUUUCUGAUGCAUCAACUCGGCGACAAUCUGAUUUGUUAUCUUCAUUCUCCACUAUCAAAACUGUCAUGAAUAGCUUAUAUGAUGGCCUGGCUGAAGUUCUCCUCAUCCUCCUUAAAAGUACAGAUACUCGUGAAAAUGUACUUGAGUUCCUUGCGGAGGUGAUCAAUUUAAACGCAUCCAGAGCUCAUAUACAGGUUGACCCUAUAACUUGUGCAAGUUCGGGCAUGUUUGUAAGUCUUGGUGCUGUCAUGCUUCGGCUCUGUGAGCCAUUUUUAGACGCAAAUUUAACAAAAAGGGACAAAAUUGAUCCAAAAUAUGUACACUAUUCAAACCGUUUGAAGCUAAGUGGGUUGACUGCUCUUCACGCAUCAUCAGAAGAAGUUGCUGAAUGGCUUGAUAGUAAAACCCCAGCUAAGGUUGGGGAAAUCGAUCAAUGUAAUGAUGGUCAGAAACGCUUGCAACAGUCUCAAGAAGCCAGCAGUUCUGGUAGUAAUAAUGCCGGUGAGCUUUCAAAUGAAAAUUCUGCACGUGGUGGAAAGACGAAAUAUUCAUUUAUUUGUGAAUGCUUCUUCAUGACCGCAAGAGUGCUCAACUUAGGCCUUUUAAAAGCAUUUUCUGACUUCAAACACUUAGUUCAGGAUAUUUCUAGGUGUGAAGAUGCUCUUUCCACAUUUAAAGCCAUGCGGGGGCAGUCUCCCUCUCCUCAGUUGGAGUCGGAUAUAUCUCGACUUGAGAAAGAAAUGGAGUUGUACUCACAGGAAAAGCUAUGUUACGAAGCUCAGAUAUUGAGGGAUAGCACUCUUAUUCAGAAUGCACUUUACUUCCACCGCCUGAUGAUUGUUUGGUUAGUUGGCUUGGUUGGUGGAUUUAAGAUGCCUCUACCACCAACUUGCCCAAUGGAGUUUGCUACUCUGCCUGAGCAUUUUGUGGAAGAUGCCAUGGAACUUCUAAUAUUUGCUUCUCGUAUUCCAAAGGCGUUGGAUGGAGUCGUACUGGAUGAAUUUAUGAACUUUAUAAUCAUGUUCAUGGCCAGCCCUAAAUUUAUCAAAAACCCAUAUCUGAGAGCAAAGAUGGUUGAAGUAUUGAACUGUUGGAUGCCCAGUAGGAGCUUAUCUACUACAGCUACUCUAUUUGAAGGGCACCAACUGUCUCUUGAGUAUCUUGUGAGGAAUCUUCUAAAUCUUUAUGUCGACAUUGAGUUCACUGGUUCUCACACGCAGUUUUAUGACAAGUUUAACAUCCGCCACAAUAUCGCCGAACUCCUUGAAUACCUGUGGCAGGUCCCUAGUCAUCGUAAUGCUUGGAGACAGAUUGCUAAAGAAGAGGAAAAGGGUGUCUAUCUGAAUUUCUUAAACUUUCUGAUUAAUGAUAGUAUUUAUCUUCUUGACGAAAGUCUGAACAAAAUUCUUGAGCUGAAAGAAUUGGAGGCUGAGAUGUCAAAUACGGUUGAAUGGGAGCAACGGACAGAUCAAGAGAGGCAGGAGAGGACCCGGUUAUUCCAUUCUCAAGAAAAUAUUAUUCGGAUUGAUAUGAAGUUGGCAAAUGAAGAUGUCAGUAUGCUUGCAUUUACUUCAGAGCAAAUUACUGCUCCAUUCCUACUUCCUGAGAUGGUUGAAAGAGUGGCUAGCAUGCUCAAUUACUUUUUGCUGCAAUUGGUGGGUCCACAAAGAAAAUCACUUAGCCUGAAAGACCCUGAGAAGUAUGAAUUUCGUCCAAAGGAUUUGCUAAAACAGAUUGUGCAUGUAUAUGUUCAUGUGGCUAGAGGUGAUACAAAGUCCGUCUUCUCAGCUGCCAUUUCAAAGGAUGGUCGAUCAUAUAAUGAUCAGUUAUUUAGUGCUGCAGCAGAAGUCCUUCACAGGAUUGGUGACGAUCCAAGAAUCAUCCAUGAAUUUAUUCAACUUGGUGCUAAAGCUAAAGUUGCAGCUUCAGAGGCCAUGGAUACCGAAGCUACUCUAGGAGAAAUACCAGAUGAAUUCCUUGAUCCAAUUCAAUACACUUUGAUGAAGGAUCCAGUCAUCUUGCCUUCUUCAAGGAUCACAGUUGAUCGACCUGUCAUUCAGAGACAUCUUCUUAGUGAUAGUACUGAUCCUUUCAACCGUUCCCAUCUUACUGCGGAUUCGCUGAUUCCUAAUGAUGAACUAAAAGCGAGAAUUGAGGAGUUUGUCAGGUCGCAGCACAUGAAGAAACAGACUGACGGGCUAAGCAUACAGAGUACCAAGGCCACCAUUCAGACCACAAAUGGGGAAAUGUUAAUUGAUUAGCAAAAUAUCGAGUUUCCUAAGAGAAAAAUGAAAUAUCUCGAAUGUAUAGAAGUCAUCAGAUUGAAUAUUAGGAUAUAUCUCAUUCUAUACAAGCCAUUAUCGUUUGCUUGAUACAUCUUGAACAAACCUAAACCUGUUCAUCUCUUAGCUUGUCAGUGUCUUUUAAUUCUUUUUCUGGCGUCAUGUUAAAGACAUCCAU